UGUAUUAUUCCCGUAUGCACAUUAAAGAUUAGGGCCCCAGAGGGAUGGGAGAGUCAUAGAGACAGCUAGAGCCAGCAGAUGAGAGCUGGAGGCAGCCCAGGGUGCUAGGCUGGCUGGAAGGGUGGGGGGUAUAGUGUGGGAAGUGUGUGACGAAGAGAGUGUGAGAGUGGAAAACUAAAGAGGAAGUGAGAAGAGAUCAGAAAAGCAAGAGAAAAUCAGAAGAAAGCAAGACAGCGAAGGCACGUCUGCACCCAGCGUGCGCCCAGGAUAAUGACAAGACCAGCUCCUGAUAACAGGGUGGGAUGUCUGACGACCCGUGGAUUAAAUCUCUUGUUGGAGGUCUUAUCAUCCUAAUUUUUGGUAUCACUUCUUCCACAGGUAACAUCGAUGAAUGUAGUCUGUGCUGCCUCCUACAAGGGACCAGUGAAGACCUGAACUGCACAUGGACAAAUGACAGCAGAGUACAGCUUAAUGUAUACCUACAAAGAAUCUCUCCUCAUGAUCCUCCCCAACAUUACACCAUACCGCCUGGUCAGAACUGGCUGCUGAUUCCCCGGGAAAACCUAACCGCCCAUCACAAGUAUCAGCUCAGCGUACAUGGAGAAACCUGGAUGAAGACCCUGAACCUCACCUACUGCCAUGGAUGUGAGAAUGUGUUCAUUGGGGCUCCAAUCCUCAAUUUAUCUACCUAUGAAGAAGAAGAGGACACGCUGGUUGUGGAAAUAACAUGGAAAGACACAAUGGAUUUCUCCCACCCCCCAAGGGUAGAAUUGAGGUAUCGCACCCUGGGAGCCAAUGACUGGAUUACGGUGGACAGUGAUGACCUGGAACAAAAUUCUUAUCAGAUGAUGGACCUAGAGCCCUACACAGACUAUGAAUUUCAGAUCCGAUACAUUCCAGAUGAGCAGCAGAAAAACAGAGGUCUGUGGAGUGAAAGUUCUGUGUUCACCACUCCAGAAGAAGUUCCUGAUGGGGCACCAGAUGUUUGGAGGCAUUUUGACCAGGAAAGCUCUUUGCAUGUGACAUGGAAGCCAUUGAACCAUCACUCUGCCAGGGGUAAAAUCCUUAGUUACAAUGUGACCUACAACAAUAACAAUACACAUCAAUCCAUUGAGGAGCCAUGUUGUAACAUAUCAUUGCCUGCUCAGUCUACUCACGUGUGUGUCAGUGCCAGGAAUUCCAUGGGACAUGGACCACAAAGCUGUGUUAUCCCCCUGUGUUCAGUAGCUGCAAACAAGGAAAACGUUGAUGCCAAAGCCUGGGGUGACCCUUCAGGACGCAUUGCAGUCGGGUGGAAAGAGUUGAUGCAUUAUGGCUCUCCUGUAAAUUACACGGUGGAGUGGAGAAAAGACAACAGCUCAGAGAUGGACUGGACCAGAAGUCAGAUAGCCCAUCAGAAAUUAGUACUACCAGGUGAAUUCUCACCCGGUGUUCUCUACCACAUUGCCAUCCAUGCCCUGUAUAACGACUGCUAUGCCAAUUUCCUUUCUAUCGAAGCCUAUGCCCGAGAGGAAGUUCCUUUGGCAGGGCCCUCUUUUUCUAUUCACGUUUCUUCAUCAGAAGUCUUCAUUUCUUGGGAUGAGAUACCAAGGCAUCAUUUAAGAGGAAAACUAAAACAUUACACCAUCUAUGUAAAGAAUGAAACAAGUUCUCAGCAGCACACAGUAUAUGGUAGGAAUUUCACCCUAAAAGGACUGUCGCCACAUGGAGCUUACACCACCUUCAUAACAGCAUCCACAGCAGCGGGAGAAGGGGUGCCAACUGCAAACCAGACAUUUCAGAUUAAUAUGGGAAAGCGGAUUCAUCCACUGGCUUUGAUCGCAAUGUCUCUGAUCAGCGUGGGCAUUCUUGCAACGGCUAUCUUCAUACAUCCCUUCCUUCUGGCUUUGUGGCCAAAGAUCCCGAAGCCAGAGAAUAAAUUUAAUGGUGCCACCGUCAGCACUAAGUUUUUGGAACCACAGCAGACUCCUUCUAACCCUCCCAUCAUAGAGAUUGAAGAAAUGGAACCAGUUUCCCCACCAUCACCCCCACCAUUACCCCCACCGGCAGCCCCGCCAGACCAGUUUAAGCCCAUAACAUCCGGCUACGAAAAGCACUUCAUGCCCACCCCUGAGGAAGUGAUGGGUUUGUGCUAAUAAUGAAAAAAUAAAGCCUACUCCAUACUGAUGCCACAAACACAACUGAUGGAGUUCUCCCAUCACAUAGGUGGAAGAAAUGGAAUAACUUUCCCCACCAUCACCUUCAACGGUACCCCAGCCAGAUCAGUGUAAGCCCAUAAACUCUGGCCUAGAGAAGGACUUAAUGCCGACCUCUGAGGAAGUGAUGAGUUUGUGCUAAUAAUGAAAAAAGUGAAACCUACUCCACAAUGAUGCCACAAACACAAGUGAUGGAGUUCUCCCAUCACAGAGGGGAAAGACAAAAAACAAGUUGCCCCACCAUCACCGGAACCGGAAUCACAGCCAGACCAGUGUGUAAGUCUACAACAUUCGGCUCCGAGAAGCACUCGACCCCCGAGAAAGUGAUGGGUUUGUGCUAAUAAUGAAAAAAUAAAGCCUACGCUAUACUGAUGCCACAAACACAACUGAUGGAGUGGAAGGUGGAAGAAAUGGAACCAGUUUCCUCUGGCAACCCCGUCAGACCAGUGUAAGCCUAUAAAAUCUGGCUUCAAGAAGCACUUCAUGCCGACCCCCAAGGAAGUGAUGGGUUUAAGAUAAUAAUGAAGCAAAUUAAACCUACUCCACAAUGAUACCACAAACACAAGUGAUGGAGUUCUCCCAUCACAGAGGUGGAAGAAAUGGAAGCAGUUUUCCCACCAUCACCCUCAACGGCACCCCAGCCAGACCAGUGUAAGCCCAUAAGCUCUGGAUUCGAGAACGACUUAAUGCCGACCCCUGAGGAAGUGAUGAGUUUGUGAUAAUAAUGAAAAAAGUGAAACCUACUCCACAAUGAUGCCACAAACACAAGUGAUGGAGUUCUCCCAUCACAGAGGUGUAAGAAAUAGAACAAGUUGCCCAACAUCACUCUCACCGGCACCCUAGCCAGACCAGUGUAUGCCCAUAAUUUCUGGCUAUGAGAAGCACUUCAUGCCAACCCCCGAGGAAGUGAUGAGUUUGUGCUAAUAAUUAAAAAGUGAAACCUACUCCACAAUGAUGCCACAAACACAAGUGAUAGAGUUCUCCCAUCACAGAGGUGUAAUAAAUAGGACAACUUGCCCCUCCAUCACCCUCACCGGCAACCCAGCCAGACCAGUAUAAGCCCAUAACGUCCGGCUCCCAGAAGCACUUCAUGCCGACCCCCGAGGAAGUUAUGGGUUUGAGAUAACAAUGAAAAAAAUUAAACCUUCUCCACAAUGAUGCUCGAACGCAAGUGAUGGAGUUCUCCCAUUACAGAGGUGGAAGAAAUGGAACCAGUUUCCCGACCAUCACUCUCAACAGCGCCCCCACCAGACCAGUGUAAGCCCAUAACGUGCCAACUCCUGAGGAAGUGAUGGGUUUGUGUCAUCAAUGAAAAAUGGAAGCCUACUCCACAAUGGCACCACAAACACAGCUGAUGGAGUGAAGCUUGAGAGAAGAGUGGGGAAGACGCAUCAGAUCUUUACGGUUUCAGCAGUUUACAGAGGUGUGAGGAGUACUGCUUACUCUUGCUCUCUCUGCCGACAUACUGUUUGUCUAUUAGCAGGCAUGCAUGUCAGGACAGGUUUAUUAUGGCUGUCAUACAGCUUCAGGGUAUACAGAGGGUGCUCAACCUGUCCGACAAGACUGUCUCCUGAUUUAUACUUCCUCGGAUAUGUGCUUUAUGCACCAAACUCUACAAUACCUGCUCAGUCAUGGUCAACUAAUAGCGCAAAGAGCAAUCAGUUCACAGCAGUCAGAUUUCUCAGGGCAGACGGUGACAAAAAUGAAAAGAAUGACUGCUUAUUGCUCCAGACACAAAACGUUCAAUAAAAUAUUAUAUUGCAUUUAAAAUGGACCUAAUGUAUGCAUAAUUGUGAAGGGGGCCUAAAAUUGUUUUCAGGCACAUCCCAUAUUGGGACACUUCAGAAUCUGUGUCUGCAAUUUGCACCAAUGCCCUGUUGGUCCUAGACCCUCUCUUACCUUUGUUUGUGUGAUGCCCUGAAGCACAUUGUUGGAUUUAUAGUGUGAGUGGGCAUUCUGCGUCACAGGUCCAUGACGCAUGUGCCCAAUCUUUUCCUUCGUGGGAAUACAAAUAACCUUUUUUUACAAAAAAAAAAAUUAUAUAUUUUUUUAAACUUUUUACAUUUUAUUUUUUACAUUUUCUAAAUGUGUUUUUAAAAAUAAUUUACCGUCACUGUUCUGCCUAAGUACACAUUGCUAUUUGCCUUACUAAGCCAGUUUGUGUAGACAGGAAUGUCGGCCCUUCCACUCUUGGAAAGCGUAGCUUUGUAUUGUGCACUGUGUAAUUUUACUCAUAAUGUACUUUUUUUGUUGUUGUUGAAAAUAAACAGUUUUUAUAAGAUC